AUGUGGGCCAUGAUCCUAAUGGAUCUCAGUAUCACCAUUGAUUUCAGCAAGUCUACAAUGAAUGUAGAGUCUGUUGAAGUACGAAUGGGCAAGUUACAUUCACCAAUUGAACGUGAAGCAGGAAACAGUUGGCGACGGACGUUUUCUCCACCCAUGGAGCUUUCUCAUGGUGAUACGUUUUACUUACAAAUGCGGUACACGAAAUGGUUUGGGAUGAAGACCAAGCAUAAAGACAUUAUUUUCAACCCUGAAUACAUAUUCUGUCAGGUUGAGCAGUCUGUCUCUUCCGGUAAAGGCCUUGAGCUCCAGCCUACCACUUCCGAAAUAUUUUGGAAGUGUCCUUGGUUGACACUCCCAAGGUUCCAAAUUCUGGUGAUAGGAAAGACUGGCGUCGGCAAGUCUUCACUGAUCAGCCAUGUAUUCAGAGUGGAAGAAAUGCUCAUUUCGCAUGUAAUGCCGGGAAAAGCUGACAUCGACACUGAGUUCAUCUCACGACAGAAUGAAAGAUUUGUUCUCCAUGAUAGCAAAGGAUUCGAGCCAGGAGAAGGGGGCAGCCUCAAAAUAGUCCAAGAUUUUAUCGACCGAAGGAACAUUGGACUGACUAAAAUAUACGGAAGGCUUUGUUUGCAGAUACCCCGUGCAGGCAGUCGUUUACUAGAGACAGGGACAGAGGAAUUUUUGAAAGAUGGCAAAACGCUAGGAAAUAUUCCCAUUGUGGUCGUUCUCACUAAAUAUGAUAUGCUCAUCGACGACAUGGAGCUAAAUCUGAACGGAACCUCUGUCGAUGGAUUGAGCAAUGAUGCCAUCAGGGAACUCACCAAGAACAAAGCAGAAGCUAAGCUGCAGGAUAUCUGCAUUGGACCUCUAAAGGAAUUUGCAAGGCGUGACAUUCCUUAUGCUAAGAUCUCUAGUUCGUGUAUGCCUCUGAAGUGUAAUACCGCAGCCCACAAAGACCAUAAGGAGACACUCACCCGCCUGAUUGAAAUAACUGAAAACUGUAUCAAUCAGCACUCUGCGCCCGAGGCCGCAGUGAUGACCUCCAUCGCUCAGCAAGUGCAUCCUGGACUCAAAAUAGAUGCAUCAAUUCACAUCAGGGUUGGCAAGAGAAGAUAUUGGAAGGCGCUUGCAUCAAGCACGACGUUCAAGAACCGCAAGACGUGGGAUUGCCUACAUGUGCUUCACACUGACAUCGUCAAUGUGUGGAACUUCUAUGACCCUCAUCUUUAUUUGCAAAGCCAAGAGUUCAGGGAAUUAAUGGUGAAAAUGGUCGAUAAGCUAGAAACUGGACCUACACCCAAUCCCACUAAGACCAUUACUAUUGGGCUAUCUAUGGUGGGCACUAUUGCGGGCAUCGUGUCCGCUCUGGCAGGACCUGUGGCCCCCAUCGUAGUACCAAUUGCAGCAAGUGCUGUACUCACUGUAUGGGUUCACAAUGUGUACCAGAUAUCGUACGCACCACCAGUUUUUCUGCUUCAGCGCUUCAUGUCCUACAUCGUCCACUUAACGCUUGUGUUGCAGACACUUUACCUUGUGUCAGAAAGCCAGGAACUCACUUGUAGAUCCAUCAAGCUUGCGGUCGCUUCCUACCUCGCCUCCCCAAUGAGCGGAGAAGUUCAUACCUGGAUUCAGGAGUAUGAUAGGCAAUUGACCAUCCUGGAACGCGUGGAUCGCGAUACCUUGGAUAAAAUCAUUGAGGUGAUACAACUUUAUAGCAUUGAUGCUGAACAAAUGUCCAGACUUCGGGAAAAUAUUCCCUCUGUGGGCUCGUUACCGGACGAACCAUGGGAAAUCGAGAUGUCGUAG